AUGGAAUCCGAGGUUAACGAGUGGGUGAAGAUCAAGACCAGAGGCAAGAUUUCGGGCUUCGAAAUUCCCCCAAACACCAUAAUGGCGCUUCUCAAUGCCAUUUACUUCAAGGGGCUAUGGAACACCUCUUUCGAUCCCAACAAUACCUCCAUUCUUCCUUUUCAUAACAAAGGAGCUGAGGUGGUUAUGGUAGAAACCAUGACGCGAUUGGCUAAGGUACCGUUCACCUCUGAACCCCAGUUUGAAGCCAUAGACCUGUCUUACAAAGGGGACCAACACUGCAUGGUAAUCAUACUUCCAAGUGAAAAAAAGGAACUUCCCAAACUCCGCGACGCCAUGACUGUCGAGAGCAUAGAACAAAUCCAGGGAAGUUUGAAAGAUGAGACUGCCAAAAUUCAACUUCCCAAGUUCGACUUGAAAACAGAGUAG